CCCUCGCCGACCGGCUGCGUUGCCCGUAACCUCUAUAUGACCUCAUUUUUUUUUCUUCAAUGUAAAUAUUCGGCUUAUUUUGCCGCAUAGUGUGUAAGCGGUAUUAGUUCCUCCAUCAAGUCUACACUUUUUAUUUUAUAUUUAUUUUUGUAUCGGCACAAGUUUGGCGGUGUACAGGACUUUUCGGUACUUUAAAGUGAUUUUUGUGACUGUGUUGGCAAUUAAAGAACUUUGUAAAUAUUUAUUUUUUCAAAUAAGAAAACUAUUUUUAUUUUAAGUGGUGCUUUCGGAUUUUUUGAAAAUUUCUCAAAGUUUCAUAAUAGUAUAUUGUUGAAGAAUUGUGUUUAUAAAAAAAGCAGAAAACCAACAGUCGGCAUUUGGCCGGAAAAUCUGCAGCUCACUCCAUUACCAAGAAACAUCGGACGCGGUCGCCGCGGGCAGUUUACUGUGCAUCGGUGUUCAAAAUUAUAUUAAUGCACGGGCGAUGCGGCUCGACUAGCGCGGUGGGGCCCUGCCCGCCGCCCGCUUGGCCAAUCGGGGCCCGUCUAGCCUAUGAUGUCAUCGGAGGAGGAGGCCGACUCACUCGCGCCCUACUCGGAUAAGCUCCUGAAGAAACAGAAACGCGUCAGACAGCGCGUGGACGCCGGCGAGCCGCGCAAUUCUUAUUCGACUCUCGCGACGAACGGACCAGCGCCCGCGCGCCUCGCACACAUGAGUGGAGGACUUUACGGCGCCAUUUUUGAAGGCCGCCAACACUUCGGCCUCUUCGGACCCUGCUACGCGCCCGCCGAGAUGCUCAAUGAGCUGCUGGGCCGCGCUCCGAGACAGGAGGACGCCGGAGAUGAAGCAUCCGGAGGAGACAUGCUUCGGGAUCGUGUGCUCAGAGACAUUUUACAGAGUCGCAAGAAAGAAUUCAUGCGACUCUCCCCGGAUAAUAAUAAUGUACUAGCGAAUAAUAAUAAUGAUGAACCCAAGGAAGAGAAGAGAUCGCCCGAGCGACCUGUUUCGCGUGAUUCCCGCGCAGAUCUUGACGACGCUCUCCUGAAUCUAGACAGUGUUGGAGACUCUCGGAUCUCACCACCGCCUGCUCAGCCGUUGUCAGAUCAUCUCCUUGCUCCCAAAUCGGAACCGGAAGAUCGCGAUAGUGACGCACAGAGAUCUUCGCCGCGACCUGUGGAUGUGAAACGUGCUCGUGUAGAAAAUAUUGUGUCGACGAUGCGUUCUAGUCCUGCACCCCAACAACCUCAGGUGAAUGGGUGUAAGAAACGGAAGCUGUACCAUCCACAGCAACACGACGGCGCCGCAGAGAGGUACGGCGCCAGUCACAGCAGCAGUGCACACACGGUGACAGAUGACUCGGAUGAUGAUGGAGAGCGACCGCCCAUUCAACAAAAGUUAGUAGAAAAAAAUGCUUUAAAAUCUCAAUUAAGAACCAUGCAAGAGCAAUUAGCUGAAAUGCAAGAAAAGUAUAUGCAGUUGUGUAAUCGUAUGGGGCAAGAGUCUGAAACGAUAGAUAAUGAUGGUGCUUCUAGUGAUGCAGAACAAACAGAAGAUCCGGUACCAAAGUUAGAACCAGCCUCGCCCGUGAAAGAAGCGCCUCCACCAGCACCAAGUAGUACCGCACCGAACAUGCUAACUGAGGUGAUGAACAAGAUGAUAUCUGCAAAGAUACAGGCACGAAGUAUCGCACAUCCUCACCUUCCACCAGGAUUUAAUGGUGCACUUCCUAUGAUUCCCCAUUUACCACCGAAUGAGCACAUGCAUCCGCCACAUCCACAUCAACAUCUGAACAAUGCAGCUGCCAUGUAUUUAAAUGUUAGUCAGAAAUUAUUUAUGGAACAAGAAGCCCGCAUGAAAGAAGCUAGUGAGCAACAUCGAAAUAGUGAGCAACAGAGACCACAGUCCAACCAACAUUCGCCUCAACAGAGACAAAUGGGCCAGACACCUAAGCCACCCAUGUCUUCAGAACUAGCAGAACGACUGGAUGCACUACGCAGCAAUGCCGGUUCCGUCGGACCAGUGUCAGGAGCUGACCUUGAAAGUUUAGCAGAAGUUCUAAAAAGUGAAAUAACUGCUUCAUUAGCUACUCUUAUAGACUCUAUCGUAACACGAUUCGUUCACCAGCGACGCAUAAUGGGCAAGCAAUCAGAAGCGGCGGCAGCAGCGGCAGAACAAUUAAACAAGGACUUAAUGCGGGCCACGCGGCUGCUCGACAGGAAAACACCACCGCCAAAAGCUCCAGAGAGACCCUCGGGACAAAUUCCAGGCAUGUUCCAGACGCCAUCGAAACCGCUGCCGUCGCACUUCGGGCCGAUGAACGGACACUUCGAUCGGGAGCAAAACGACCCCAGUGAGCCGCUCAGUCUAGUGGUGACACCGAAGAGAAAGCGGCACAAGGUGACGGACACGAGAAUAACUCCGAGGACCGUGAGCCGAAUACUCGGAGAAGGAGUGGGGCAUUCUCCGGAGAGCAAGUUUCCAGAGUCACCGUCACCGCGACCGUUUCCUGGUGGAAUGGCGCUGCCGACGUCUGUAGCUAUUCCGAAUCCGUCGCUGCACGAGAGCCAAGUGUUUUCUCCGUACUCGCCAUUUUUCGGGGCGGGCGGUGGGUUAGCUCGAUCACCGCCGGCUCCAGAGCGCGACUCCCCACCGCUGCCCAACGCACCAGCUAUGCUGCACCCGGUGCUGCUGGCAGCGGCACACCAUGGCUCCCCGGACUACCUGCGGGCCCAUCACCCCCACGUGCCGCAUCACGCAGCGCAUCACCCACACCACAUGGACUCCCAGGAUCCGCACUCAGACUGCAACUCCACUGACCUGCCGUUCGACGGAGUUCAGCCUACUAUAUCCUUUUUAAUAGACAAUUCUAAUAUUAAUUUUAAGAUUUUUUAUGAAUAUCGUAACUAG